CAAAAUAUUUCGAAACUCUGAUAUUUUUCCCUCUGUGUGUGUAUCCGAGAAAGAAAACCCUAGCUCCUCUUCUCUCCCCGUUCUUCUCUUUCAAGUUUCCCUCGCUUUUCUAUGUGAUUUGGCCCCAUUUCCAUUCGAUUCGGUGGGUUCCUUUACUUCCAUGGACUUCAAUUGAACUGAACCCUUCCGCGUUUCCAAGGAUCUGGGAGCUUUAGCUACAAACCGAGCAAACAUGGCGUCUUCCGACAAGGAUGUCGAAGAACAACUUUUGGAAGCUGGCAAUAAGAUUGUUGACCCUCCUACUUCCGUUGAACAACUUCUACCGCUUCUCGAUAAAAUUGAGAGUUUUCUGGCAAGGGUUGAACAAUCCCCUUCAAAAUCAAUGCAAAGUGCACUCGCUCCAUCACUGAAAGCACUGGUUUCUGAUCAGCUUCUAAGGCAUUCGGAUAUUGAUGUCAAAGUUGCAGUUGCUGCAUGCAUUAGUGAAAUAACUAGGAUCACUGCACCUGAUGCCCCUUACAAUGAUGAGCAAAUGAAGGAGGUAUUUCAUCUUAUAGUAUCGUCCUUUGAAAAUCUCUCUGACAAGUCUAGUCGAUCAUAUGCAAAGAGGGCAUCCAUACUUGAAACCGUAGCAAAGGUCAGAUCGUGUGUGGUCAUGCUGGAUUUGGAAUGUGAUGGAUUGAUCAUUGAGAUGUUCCAACAUUUCCUUAAGACAGUAAGAGAUGAUCACCCAGAGAAUGUAUUUUCGUCAAUGGAGACAAUUAUGAGCCUUGUUUUAGAAGAAAGUGAAGAUAUAUCUGUAGAGCUCCUCUCUCCUAUCUUAGAUAGCGUGAAGAAGGACAAUGAGGAAAUUCUACCCAUUGCUCGGAAGUUAGGGGAGAGAGUUCUUGAUAACUGUUCUACUAAGCUCAAACCUUAUUUGGUUCAAGCUGUAAAAACCUUGGGAAUUUCUUUUGAUGAUUAUAGUGAUGUGGUUGCUUCCAUAUGCAAAGAUAUUUCUUGCUCUCUUGAGCCAAGUAAUCUUCGUGAUGCUGAUGACAACACGGUUCCUGAGAGCAAGUCAGUUGGAACGUCUGGGGAAGAGGUUGAAGACAAACUCACAGAAGUGGCCACACCUGAGAGAGUUGAUACAGCCAUCGAGAAACAUCGUGACUCAGUUAAGAGCAAUGGAGUUGCACAGGGGGGUGAAGAUGGCUCUGUCCCUAAUUUGGAGAACAAGAAAGAAGAACAUGGUGGUCAUGAGUGCAAAGAGGUGAAAUCACCCAAAAGUUCUGAACCUGCUAAGUUGGGCUCUGAGAAGGCUAGUAAUGUGAAGGAAAGAUCUGAAAAGAUCCCUAAGAAAAGAGGUAGAAAACCUAAUCCAAAACCUACUGAAGUUCCUCAUGUUGAUGCCCAGAAGGGAUCUCAGAGUCAGCCAGAACAUGAAAGCCAUAGUGAACAUCCUGGUUCUCCUCGUGGGAACCGGUCUGCUGAAAAUUUGCCUUCAGAAAUUGAGGCUGAUGCCAAGCCAUCUUCACCCAAGGCUAUGGAGAUUGAAUCUGCCAAUGUUACUACACCUUCACUUAGUGGAAGCGUUCCUGAUGAGUGUAAUAAUAAGUCUGGACAAGGAAAGAAGGCUGCUCAGGCAAAGAAGAAAGUCAACUCAGCUAAAGAGGUGGCUUCGAUUGCACAAGUUUCAAAAAAAUCAUCUGACGAAAUAAAUGACUCAGGAGCAAAGCUUGCUGAAGAUAAGGCUCCUGCUGGGGUUUCUGAUGAUUCUAAGACUGCAGAUGAAGAUGUAGCAGAAAGGGAAAGUGACACUACCAGUGAUUCUGAGGCUAAGUCUUUGAAGCAGUCUGCUAGGAAGGGAGAUGGAGCCAGUAAGAGUGGUGGUGGAUCUUUAAAACAAUCGGAGGCUAAGAGAAAGAAGGGAUCUGGGAAAACUAUUUCCGGAAAAACCUUGAAAAAGUCGUCAGGCGAUGAUGAUAAAAAGGAAACAACACCUGUGCUGAAACCAACCUCAAAAACUACCAAAGAUGAGAAGAUCUUGAACAAGACCACAACACCAGCCUCCAAGAGGAAGCGAACUCCUAGUAAAGAAAAAGAGUCUGAAACCAAGGAUUUUGAUGAAACUUUGGUUGGUUCAAAGAUAAAAGUGUGGUGGCCAAAAGAUCGGAUGUUUUAUGAAGGUGUUAUUGAUUCUUUUGAUCCUGAAAAAAGGAAGCACAAGGUUUUGUACAUGGAUGGAGACCAAGAAAUACUAAAUCUCAAAAAAGAGAGAUGGGAAUUUAUUGAUGAUGACUCUGAAUCUGAACAGGAGCAAACAGAAGAUUUAGUGAGAUUAGAAUCUGCAGCCGAGACACCUCAAAAGAAAAAGGCAAAAAUAAAUGCCAAUAAGUCUGCGACACGAGGAAAGAUGGACGGUUCGCCCAAAAAGGGUGGAGUAACUUCCUCAAGCAAAUCCAAGGGUGCAACUACAAAAACUGAUCGGAGUAGUGGCAGCAAAGUUGAGGGCAAGUCGAAAGAGAAUACCCCUCGGGUUGGAAGACCUCCGGGUUCUACAGCUAGCAAAUCCAAAGAUCAAACCACUCCUAAAACUGGUAGCAAGGCUGGUAGCACAGGUCCGAAAAUUGCUGGCAAGUCGAGGAAUGAUGAUGCUGAAUCACACAAGACUGGUAAAUUGAAGGAUGACGAGACGUCCACACCUGCUGCAGCGGCUUCUGCGAAGUCCAAGCAAGAUGUAUUGAAGACUGGGAAGUCCAAACAAGAAACUCCAAAAACUCCUGCAAUUUCGAAGGGAAAAUCACCCAAAACAGGCGACAAAACAAAUAACUCUAAUCUCUCCAGCAAGGUCAAGUCCACAUCUUCAAAAUCAAAAGAAAGUGGGGAUUUGAAGAACUCACCCGUUUCCGGAAAAGCAACAGAGAACUCAAAGGGGAAGUCGCUAAAUUCAUCCAACGAUCAAGGCAGUGAAUCCAAGUCAGGGAAGAAACGAAGAAGAGAGCCAAAAGGUUAAUCACCACACGCCUAUUCCUGAAAAGCUCGGAGUUGUCUAUUCUUGCCUUUGUUCAGCACUACAUAUUUGCAAAUUCUAGAAUGAGUUCUUUGGGAAGCUUGCUCUGGAUCUUGUUAUCUCAUUGGCAUAUUUUCCAAAUUGUCUGUCAUAUAGUCGUUAGGUUAGGUUAGGCGCGAUUAUAGGAGUAUGCUAGCUAGUUGCCUCUGUAGUUGUUUGCCUCAAUUCAUGUCAUCUGUGGGAGGGAGGUAAGGUAAAAGGUAAAGGUAAUAGUAGAAGAGAGAGGAUGUUGAAGUGUUAGAUAAUGUGUACUACUACUAGGCUUUCUCUGAAAACAAAAGAUUGGCUUGGCUUAUUAGAGAAGAGGAGAAAGGCCACAGAUUGAGAACAAAGGCCCUUUUUAGGCCUUCUUUUUUUAACUCCCUCGGUGAUUUUUCAGAGUAAUUGUUGUUAACCCAACAUCUGCUGCUAUAUUCUGAUUAAUGGUUCUGGAAAGCUUAAUCUUAUGGAGUCAUUUGGCUCCUAAAUUUAGAUGUGUAUAGCCCCCA